GCUAGUUGGCAGUAGAGCGCCGAUUUUAUGCUAUGAGCCCAGUGUUUGCGGAAGUACUUCUAUGAGUGGUGCCAUGAGUGCGUGAGCAGCAAGGUUAAUUUUAAUUUAUAGUAAAAUACGUUUUUGUUUUCAUGACACCUAAGUGACUCCCUAAAAACAAGAAAAGAAAAACGAAAGGAAUAAAAGGACGACACAUCGUUUUUGGCAUGGCCAGGUCUGUGCAGAUACUCUCCCUCCUCUCCAAGUUUGGUGCUCCAUCUCUGAUUUCCUCAGUGAGCGCUACCAACUGCCGAUUUGCAAGCAGAGGGGCCAGCAAGGCACGGAUGGGACAGGGCCCUGCGCAGGCAGACAGAGGAUCGAGCAGACCAGGAUACAGCGAUCAGACAUCUAAUGGAGAACUCGAACUGGAGGACGUGGAGGACAAACUGCAAGCCUUAAUUCAGGAAGAAAGAAAAAGACAGAAGACUGUGAAGUAUCACAUAUUGAGGAGGCAGAUGACACCAUCAGGAGCUCCAGAGAGGAGGUUAACCUGGGAUGCCAUUGAGCAGAUCAGACAUCUGAAGCAAAAUCAGCCAGAUGAGUGGACAGUAGAGCGUCUGGCUGAAGGCUUCUCUGUCAGUCAUGAUGUGAUCCUGAGAGUCCUGAGAAGCAAAUUCGUCCCCUCUCCUGAAAGAAAAGCCAAGCAGAAUGCAAAAGUAAUGGCUAAAAUGAGCCAGCAGGUGCUGCCUUCAGGUGCUAGGACACAGCAGGACAGGUUGAAACUGCCCGAAAGGAACUCACAAGCCAUACUCCCACCUGGAAGCACAGAAGGUGCUUUGAUCCCUGUGGCUAAUCAGACUCCGGUGAUUCAAGGUCAUGGCUCACGUUCCCUAGCUAAGAGUCCUGUCCCUGUUACUGUUCAGCCCACACACAUUGCAGCUGGUAUUAGUGAAGAUGCCACAGUGACAGAAACAACAGAACGCAGCACUAAUGACAGUGACCUUACAGAGGAGGAUGAAGAGAGUUGGGAUGGACAGGUGUUGACACAGGAAGAACUUGAAGAGCUUGUGAAAAUGGAAAAGCCCUCUUCAGCAGUCCAAGUUGGGAAUGAUUUCUUUGAUGCAGAUGGAAACUUUUUGUAUAGAAUCUGAGAACAUGUUGUGUUGUUAGCUCAGCAUGUACAAUGUUGGGGUCGUGCAAAUUACCAAAUAAAAGUUAUUUUGAAUCUUUGU